AUGGUGUCACGGCAAAGCAAUCUCCUUUAAGAAGGUUGAAGCAAAAGCAAAAGCACAAAAAAAGAAAGAAAACACACUCAAAGUAGAUAAAUAGAGUUGAAGUGUUUGGAGGAGACAACUGACCAAAGGAACAAGAAGAACAUGAGUAACAGCAACUCAGGAGCUACCAUUUCGACCAAAAGUAAGCUACCAAUGGACGAGAACCAAGAAGAAGAGAUAUGGCGAAAAUUUCAAGCCCGGGAAGAAGAGAUUGAGAGGAAGAAGAUGGCAGUUAAGGACAAGAUUCAACAGCGACUUGGGUUUGCAGAAGAAGCCACAAGAAGCUUGACCCAGACAUUAGAAGGGCUAGAAAUUAUGGGAGAUCCAAUGAGGAAGGAAGUGGGGAUGGUACGAAAGAAAAUUGAGAUGGCAAAUCGAGAUAUCAAAUCUUUGUCUCAGAGCUGCCAGAAGAAGGAGAAGGAAUACAAAGAGGUACUGGAGGCUUUCGACGAAAAGAACAAAGAAAAAGCGCACCUCGUUUCAAUCUUAAUGGAGCUACUGGCUGAAAGUGAAAGAGUAAGGGUGAAGAAGCUGGAUGAGAUCAACAAGACUGUUGGGUCCUUGCGAUAAUGAAUUUUACCUUCGACAUACCU